GUUGUCAUGGAGAUAACAGAUCUUGGCCCAAGAAUUUAAUGCAACAGAAAGCUUUGUAAUCGUAUAUACAUAUAACGAUUUUAAAGUGUGCGUUUCAUCAAAAUCGACGAAAAAUACAAAUUUCUAAAUAUAUAAUAUGUGGGGAUAUAGCCAUCCGUUAGAUCUACAAACUGAGGUGACUCGGAGAGAAGAUCGCAUUUUAGACAAUCUUGAAGUAUUGAUUGUAGGUGCUGGCGAUGCACGACAUAUCAUAAAGACAUUAGCAUCAUCUUAUACGCAUCCCAAUCGAAGUAUUAUAUAUCAUGUUAUUGAACCAACUUUGGAGCAAGUUGCUAGAUCGAUACUUUUAUUGAGCGUUUGUUUAGAGAGAAAUCUAGGAUUACAGGAGGCAACCCGAUACUACCUGGAGAUUUUAGGAAAUACUCUUUUAAGGCCAGCUACGGCUAAAUAUUUAGCAAAAUGUACCAAACAGCUGAUCGAUAUUCCGACUAGGACCAUUGACUGUCCAUGGUUAUCGUUGGAAAAAUUUAAGCACAAAGAUAGAGAUAAUUUGGAAUCCAUCUUUAAAUUUUGGACGCGUGCAACAUGCGAAGGAGUCCCCAUAAUAAACUAUUGGGAUCGCAGAAUUAGAAAAUCUCUGAAAACGCGAUACGAUUGUAAAGAAGGCGUUUUCGAUUGGGACUAUUAUAUGGUUUUAAAGCCUAGAUGUAUUAAUAAUCUUACAAUACAAGAAUACAGAUUUUGGAGAAAUAACGGAGUAGCGUUUACUUGGCUCGAAGGUGAACCAGCCAGGAGCAAUCCGACUCUGUUAAAUAAUAUAAUACAACAUGGACCUGGUUUUAUACAUUAUGCGUAUUUAGGAGACAUCGUAAAUGGUCCCUAUUUGACUUGGGCUGCCAUCAAAGAAAAAGAGGACAAAAAGUUUAGAGCAACCGACAUUGCGGAGCGUGAAAUAAUGCGUGCAAUUCACGAGAUAAGAACAAGAGAACCGCUGUGCGAGGAUUAUGUCGGCGCUCAUAGAGAUGCUUCGAUUUUGAAUGGCAUUAUAGUAAGUGAAAUGCCAGACAUCGAAAUAGAAAACGAAUCGUGGACAAGUAUCGGAGAUAAAUCUAAAUCAGACAAAGAAAAAAUUUCUUGGGUGGAAGUAUCAAAUCAUAAGAUAAUCUUUCAUCCUAUAACAUCGUUGGAGUCCUUAAAAUCUAAAUGCGAAUACAUAAAUAGAUUUCAUCUGGUUUGGAUAGCGCACAAUAUGACAAAGCAGUUAGAAAAUCUUGCGCCAUUAGCAUCGACAGGUGCACCAGUAAUUGUGGAAUCGCGCAAAUAUAUGGCGGAUUUGCGUAAAGAGGAUUUGAAAAACUUUACCGAAGAACUGAAAGAGCUCGCACAGAAAAACGGACUUCGUUUACUCCACGAUUUUGAUUCUAAUGAACAUAUUUUUGCCCGUUUUUGCAAAAAUUAAGAAAUCAAGCGAGGCAGUUAAUAUUAUUGUAAAUAUGUAUAUCUUUCAAAUCUUCUCUACUGAGCAAGAAUAAAGGAACUCUAAUCGAUAGUUAAAAAAAUAUGGAUAUUCAAAAGAAUAUCAGUUUUAGACAGAGUUGGAAACAUUAAAAAUUUUGAUCCGAGCAAAUGUUGAUUAGGAUAGUUCCAAUCUAACAAUAAGUUUCAACAAUGAAUGGAUAUUUUUUUUUUAUUUUUAAUGCAUUAUUUACGAGAAUUAUGUACAAAUAUUUAAUUUAUUGUAAUAAUUUUUAAAUUUUAAUGGUUAUAUUUGACAUGUAAAAUGAAGAUAUAAUUUAUUCUAUGAAAAAACUUAAUAUAUGAAAGAAGCCACAAAGAAAUAUUUUUUUUUAUUGCUUUAUUAAUUAUAUAAUAGUGUUAUAUUAUUAUAUUGUAUUAUAUAUAUAUAUAUAUAUAAUACUGUAUUAUUAUAUGUAUAUAUACACACAAUAUUAUGCACAUAAUCUUUCUUUCUAUAUAGUAUAAUACAGUUAAAUAAUCAUUAUUCCAAUAAAAUAUACAAAAUAUGUACACAAGUGUUUGUACUUGUCAAAUAUCUUGUUAAAUAAUAAAUAUUAUACCUUAUA